CGAGAGAGGAGGUAUAAGACAGCGCAGCUGAGGGCAGAGUUUGUCUGAACGCAAGGGUACAGCUGCAUCUCUCCAUGCAGUCACCGUACAACUCAAUGCAUUACAUGCGACUCUAGCGCCGAACCUGCCUGCAGCUUCUCUGCACGGCAAGAAUCUUCCAGUGAUCUGACCGAUGACUUUGUUUUCUGAGAAUCUUGCGUCUCGGUGAGUUUCCAUCAUGGUGCUCGGAAAGGUGAAGCACUUCUUUGUCAGCUUCGACUGUCUGAAUGACAGCAACGUGCCCGUGUUCGCCAGCGGGGACUUUGUCUCGGGUCGAGUGGUCGUUGAAAUCACCGGAGAGAUUCGCGUCAAGUCGCUGAACAUUUUCGGCAAAGGACUGGCGAAAGUCCGCUGGACCGAGUCGCGCAAUGCUGGAUCCAACACUGCCUACACACAGAACUUCACCGAAGAAGUGGAGUAUUUAAACCACAGAGAUGUGCUCAUCUCACACUCUCGAGAUGAUGACGGCUGUGACGAGGGCUUCUCUGUUCUUCAUUCGGGUCGACACGAGUUCCCCUUCAGCUUCGAACUGCCCCAGACGCCUCUGGCUACGUCAUUCGAAGGCAAACACGGCAGCGUGCGGUACUGGGUGAAGGCCGAGCUCCACAGGCCGUGGCUUCUGCCCAUGAAAACCAAGAAAGAGUUCACCGUCUUUGAGCACAUCGACAUCAACACGCCACAGUUACUGUCUCCUCAGGCCGGCACGAAGGACAAAACGCUUUGCUGCUGGUUCUGCACCUCAGGACCCAUUUCACUAAGUGCCAAAAUUGAAAGAAAGGGCUACACUCCAGGAGAAUCUAUUCAGAUCUUCGCCGAGAUCGAAAACUGCUCUUCCCGUGUGGUCGUGCCAAAGGCUGCCGUCUACCAAACUCAGACCUUCUUUGCCAAAGGGAAGGUGAAGGAGAUCAAACAGCUGGUCUCCAACCUCCGUGGAGAUCCUCUGCAAUCCGGUAAGACCGAGACGUGGGACGGCAAGAUGCUGAAGAUCCCCCCCAUAUCCCCUUCCAUUCUGGACUGCGGCAUCAUCCGGGUGGAAUAUUCACUCGUUGUGUACGUGGACAUCCCUCGGGCUGUGAAUCUGACUCUGAACCUGCCGCUGGUGAUCGGGACCAUCCCGCUCCACCCUUUUGGCAGUCGAACGUCCUCCGUCAGCAGUCAGUGCAGUAUGACCAUGGGCUGGUUGGGUUUGCCCGAGAGACCUGAAGCUCCACCGAGCUACUCUGAGGCAGUAACGGACGAACAACGUCAGAACAAUCCCCUGGCAGGUGCGAGAGAUGAGCUCCAAGGAGCGCUUUACGGCUACAUCCACGAGUUUCGUUACCAGCCUCCGCCGCUGUAUUGUGAGAUUGACCCUCAUCCGGAGCAGGUGUGUGCCGCCCAGAACGGGAGGCCGAACAUCAGUCCGUCCCGCUGAAGAAAUGAAGUCACCUGACCAGCGCUGUCAGGGAUCUCUUAUCUCUAACCUCAACCCCUCCACUAAGGUUCGGUCUUCCUCCUUGAGGAGUCACAAGCGCCGUCGUUCCUUGACGCAGACGGACGUCCUCCAGGAAACACUCCCGAUCUCUGGAUGGUCCACCAGGUCGAAUCCGGCUCUGUGGCCUUCUGGAGAUCUUGAGAGAGCUUCCGUCCAUCCCCGAUGAUGAGCACAGACGAGAUUUGAUGGAGUAAAACUGUGCUGUCGAGAUGGACUAAACGCAAAACCCCAAAACUUGUUCCUCGUGGGGGCCGGAACAUUGCGAGGUGAUCAUUUUAUCAAAACGCGUUACUCCAACGAUUCACUCCAGAAGAACUAAGACACACUUCCUUUUGUCAGUUUGACUGUUUAUUGACACAUGAGAAGUGGAUCUACCCCGAUAAUGUUCUCAAAGUGUUUUGAGGCGUUAUGGAGACUGUGCGAAGCAUCACGCGCCACGUUGCCUUUAUGCUGAAAGCACAGAACAGCACUGCGAGAGCGUCCGUGGUACUCGUACAAGAGAAGAAAUAUAAGAGUUGUUUGAUGACGAGCGACAGGGAAACUGACGUUCCUGUUGUCUCAACGCUGCUCUACACAACUCUGACAUGAUGCGUCAUAGACUCUGAUCCGAGCAACGCGCAUCCUUUAUUAUCAUGCUUGUUUCACAUCAACGGUGGCUUUAUUCUUUAUCAAAGAUUAGCACUUUCAUACUUAAGUUUGACUCACACUCUGCACUAGUUUAACAAAGCAUCUGAGAUGUUUACACAUAUUUUUUGUUAACAGGCAAACUGAAUGGACUAGCUGUGGCCUUGGCACAAAAGCAGUAAAAUAUCACUUUUGCUGAGUUUGUGCGCUGUGCUGGUGAAAAGGGAAUCUGUAUAGUGUGCAUCUU